CGUGACGGCCGGACCGGGAAUUGGCAGCGGCGCUGCAGCCAUUUCCGGUUUCGGGGAGGUGGGUGCGGUGUGGAGCGGGAGUUGGCGCCGCAGCCGCCUCCAGAGCCUGCCGUACUACCGGGUGCUGCCGGGACGAUGCGGCCGGAGCCUGGCGGCUGCUGCUGCCGCCGCCCGCUACGGGCGAACGGCUGCGUGAAGAACGGGGAGGUGAGGAACGGGUACGUGAAGAGCAGCACCGCCACUGCCGCGGCUGCCGGCCAGAUUCAUCAUGUUACAGAAAAUGGAGGACUUUAUAAAAGACCGUUUAAUGAAGUUUUUGAAGAAACACCCAUGCUGGUUGCCGUGCUCACAUAUGUGGGGUAUGGCGUGCUCACUCUCUUUGGAUAUCUUCGAGAUUUCUUGAGGCAUUGGAGAAUUGAAAAAUGCCACCAUGCAACAGAAAGAGAAGAACAAAAGGACUUUGUGUCAUUGUAUCAGGAUUUUGAAAACUUCUAUACAAGAAACCUCUACAUGAGGAUAAGAGACAACUGGAACCGACCUAUUUGUAGUGUGCCUGGAGCCAGGGUGGACAUCAUGGAGAGACAGUCCCAUGACUACAACUGGUCGUUCAAGUACACAGGGAAUAUAAUUAAAGGUGUUAUAAACAUGGGUUCCUACAACUAUCUUGGAUUUGCGAGGAACACUGGAUCAUGUCAGGAAGCAGCUGCUGAAGUUCUCAAGGAGUAUGGAGCUGGAGUGUGCAGCACUCGCCAAGAGAUUGGAAACCUGGACAAGCAUGAAGAACUAGAGAAACUGGUAGCAAGGUUCUUGGGCGUGGAAGCUGCUAUGACCUAUGGCAUGGGAUUUGCCACAAAUUCAAUGAACAUUCCUGCUCUUGUUGGCAAAGGUUGUCUGAUUCUGAGUGAUGAACUGAACCAUGCAUCACUGGUUCUAGGAGCCAGGCUGUCGGGAGCAACCAUUCGAAUCUUCAAACACAACAAUAUGCAAAGCUUGGAGAAGCUUUUGAAAGAUGCCAUUGUUUAUGGUCAGCCUCGGACAAGAAGGCCCUGGAAGAAAAUCCUAAUCCUGGUGGAAGGCAUAUAUAGCAUGGAAGGGUCUAUUGUUCGCCUUCCUGAAGUGAUUGCUCUCAAGAAGAAGUACAAGGCGUACUUGUAUCUGGAUGAGGCACACAGCAUUGGGGCCCUUGGUCCUUCAGGGCGAGGUGUGGUAGACUACUUUGGCCUGGAUCCCGAGGAUGUAGAUGUUAUGAUGGGAACAUUCACAAAGAGCUUCGGUGCUUCUGGAGGAUACAUUGGAGGCAAGAAGGCACUGAUAGACUACCUGCGCACACAUUCUCACAGUGCUGUGUAUGCCACAUCGAUGUCACCACCUGUGAUGGAGCAGAUCAUCACCUCCAUGAAGUGUAUUAUGGGGCAGGAUGGCACCAGCCUUGGCAAAGAAUGUGUACAACAGUUGGCUGAGAACACCAGGUAUUUCAGGAGACGCCUGAAAGAAAUGGGAUUCAUCAUCUAUGGCAAUGAAGACUCCCCGGUGGUGCCUUUGAUGCUCUACAUGCCGGCCAAAAUUGGUGCCUUUGGGCGGGAGAUGCUGAAGCGGAACAUUGGUGUAGUUGUGGUGGGAUUUCCUGCUACCCCAAUCAUUGAGUCUAGAGCCAGAUUUUGCCUGUCAGCAGCUCAUACCAAAGAAAUACUUGAUACGGCUUUAAAGGAGAUAGAUGAAGUCGGGGACCUGCUGCAGCUGAAGUACUCACGACGUCGGUUGGUGCCUCUGUUGGACAGGCCCUUUGAUGAGACGACCUAUGAGGAGACAGAAGACUGAGCCUUUUUGGUGCUCCCUAGAGGGGGAAACUCCCUCCCAGGACAGCGUGUGGCCUUUCUGAGCCAGUUCCAGGAACCACACUUCAGUGGCCACCUCAUGUGGAAGACAUUUCUGAAACUACUGAAGGUGGCCACCUCCACUCCAAAUGGCAUUUUGUAAAUAGUGAAAAAAAAACUGCUUCACAUUCUUCCUUUGUUUGCUAAGUCUCACCUUUAUAUACAUAUAAAUGAUUACUUUGCCCAUUAAAAAAUGUUUUAUUUUAUAACUAUUCUACUUGUGAAAUCACACUGACCCUUGCCUAUGCCUUACCGCACAGGCAUUCCCCACUCCAGCCACCUCAUGGACUUGGAUCCAUCAAGACUUACUCUGGCCCUGGCUCCUUAGCCUUGAGACUCACUGGCCCUCUCCCUAAGGAGCAAGUACCUUCUGCAGACUUCCAUCCAGGUCUCAGAAGUCGCCCCCCCCUCCCGUAACCCUUAUUUAACCAGUCAAGUUAAUCAACCAAAGCAUCUGCCUUUAGUCUUCAAUGUUAACAAUGCCAAGAAGUUUAUUAUGUGACCCCCCCACACACACAAAGCCUCCCUAAUCUGUUCUUACUCUGUUGUGGUGGUGGUGGUGGUCACCAGAUAGUUUAUUCAUUAGUAGAUAUUUCUUCAUAUGGUCACAGACUGAAGAUGUAUCCAGAGUUUGGGUUCUUCCCCAGAUCUAACCCUAAUGCUUCCCACCUCCAAAGUUACAACAACCCCUGGCUGAUUCUGGGUCCAGAGUAGGAUUUGACAUGGUAAAGGAGAGUGCUGGUCAGUCCUUCACCCCUUCCGCCUCAUCGGCAGUGGUGUAAGUUUUCCUUGUAGAUGCUGACCCACUUGAACAGUGUCCUUCUACUCUUGACGUCCUAAGACGACCCUAACCCAGCAUCUAGGGCUGGCUUCUCUUGAGCUUCUGUUGUGUAUUUUUUUUCCUUGAGGAAUUUCUGAUCAAAUACCUCUUUCCUAAACUGGAACAGCUUCUGUUUUUCUGUCACUACCAGGUCAGGGACUUCAUCCAGAGCUUUGUGCUGCUUGACCAAAGAACACAUCUGAAGAGCACCAUUUGGAGUUAGUACUUUUUUUUUUCAACCAAAGCAUAGUGGAAAAGAACUUUUGUCUCUAUUGUACUGAAGAUGAAUUUGUCUUUUAGUAGUGAUCGAGUCUAGGGAACGACUGAGGACAGAAUGAAAAGAACUGUAUCAAAGUAUAUUCUGUAUGUCAUUCUUUAAAAUGGUUCUUUUUGUUGGUAAAGAUGCCCCACCCAGAUUCUCCUGGGACCUUCUUGUCUGCUGCAGUACAUGGAGGAGAAAGCAGAAGCCGUGCUGUUGGUGAAGCUCUGCGAGCUUGCAGCCCAGGAGAUGGUCUAAGGUUGUACGUGGCUUUCUUAAAGAAUAGAAAUGGAGCUUGGCGAUGGCAUCACACGCCUUAGUCCCAGCACUCGGGAGGCAGAGGCUGGUGGAUCUCUGUGAGUUUGAGGCCAGCCUGGUCUACAGAGUGAGUUCGAGGACAGCCAGAGCUAUUACACAGAGAAACCCUGUCUCAACCCACCCAUCCCCCCAAAAAAGGAAUAGAAAUGGGUGAAUAAGCUGGGCGUGGUAGCCUGUGCCUUUAAUCUUAGCACUUGGGAGGCAGAAGCAGGCGGAUCUCUGUGAGCUUGAGGACAGCCAGGGCUGCAUAGGGAAACCUGUCUCUAAAGAAAAAAAAAAGAAAAAGCAAAUGGUAAAUAAAAGAACCACAGAAAGAGACAACAACUACAUUUAUAAAAAAAGAUUUUGUAGCGAAGUCUUGUAAAGCUCAAAACAUCUUGCUCACUUUCCCCCUGUGGAAUCCCACUGGAAUACCAAGUAUAGUGACUUUAAUGAUGUAGACAUAGGGCUUGUAAAAGUAAUGAACUUUAAGCGAUGAGCAUGUGUUUUAGCAAAGUCGCUUCAAAUUAAAGUGUUCUUGACAGGCAUUUAAAUUUUUAUGUGUGCAUCACUUGGUUGGUGCAAAGUAUUUUGAAAAGAGAAAACUCGUGUGAUCUACCUAUGAUCUCUACAUUCUAGAGGACUGGUGUAUGCACAUUAUAUGUGACUGGUUAUUUGUAACUCUGUUAUAGAAAUCUCCCGUCCAGUCAUGUCAUAGAUUAUUAUCCAAAUUUGGGGCAAUACAAGGGUAUAUUAGUCCAGCAUUUGAGAAUCUUAAAGAGAUUCAAACAUGUAAGUCAGCUGCCACCACCAGACCUGGCUGCUGAUUGGUCUGCAAGGUGCAGCUCAUCGUAGCGUUUUGCGUCCUGCCUUUCAUUACCAUUGUCCUUACUCGUUUCGUGUGUGUAAGACCCACUACAGCCAACCAGAAUCAUGCAUGAGGGAGAUGGCCCAAGGGGCAAGGACAGUGAACAUCUCCCCUCUGCAGUAUCCCUAUUCAAGGGAUCCAGCCCUCUUCAGUUCUCCAUACUCUUCAACUCUUCUGGUCUAGGCAAGGUUCAAAAUCAGCUUCUUCCUCGAAUUCUCCGGCCUCACUUCUGCCCCACGCUCUCUCAUUGGCUGAAGGGUGGAGCAUCCUCAUAGUGAUUGCCUCUGAUCCUUCGCUUGCCCUCUGUGUCUUCUGCUUCAGAGAGGACUGACAUGUGCUGCAGGGUGUGGGGAGCUGCAGUGUAGACAGCCUGCUCCUUGCAUGCACAACUAUGCACUUCAGUGAUCGGCAGGGGACUUUUUCUGUCUUUAUUAGUUGAGGGCAUCCACAUCUGAGUAUCCAUGACCGGCAGGGUGUGGCCGGAUUACCUGGUGUGUAACACACCUUGCAAAAAGUGGGCAGGAUGAACAACUGACUUAGAUCUUCCGACUUUUUGGACAAAGUAUCUACUACCAACUCCAUUUUUUCCAAAUUGAUUAAUCUGCCUAAUGGUUUGUAGUAUUUUUGACAAAACGCCAUAGAAAAUAACAGCCGGUCUCCUGUGUAAAUGAUUGCUAUGGGUCAGGUAUGGUGCACAUCUGUAGUCCCAACACUCAUACAGAAGAGGACCCGGUAAAGCUCUGGAGGUGACAGGUGGAUUGAUAUGACUGAGUGCUGGGACGCUGUUCUAGGUAAAAACUACCUGGGUGUUCCUGUCACUUCAAGGUGGGGUUAGAAGAAGAGGGAGAAUGGUGUUCUUUCUUUCUGACUGCCCUGUGCCUGUGAUCAGGAACUGUAGAGUACUUCCCACAGGUAAAAAUCACCUUAAUCUGGGGCUAUGAAGAGAGAGGUUCAUAAAAAAUGAGGAUUCUGCUUGGUGGUUUAUCAGAGAAUCUUUAGCCCCCAUCCCACCCACCGCCCAGUUCCAGAACCUAUGGAUGAGCCCUUACCUGUAAGCUCUGUGCCCAGCAGGCAUCUUAAUCCAUUAAGCCAAUGAAUCAAAAUACCUUCCAUGUGAAGAAAAGUAUGUCCUUCCUCCCCUCCUUAUCCACAUGAAAUGUGUGCUUGGGCUCGUAGCCAGCUGCUGUGUCCAGCCAGAUAGCCAACUCAGAGCUCAGAGAAAUGCUAAGGCCUUCCAGUGAUCCCUUCCCUUGCCUUGCCUGUAAAAUGGGAGUUAUCGGUGACUUGUGUUUUCCAAGUGGCUUUUUGCUGUAGAGUGAAGUGUUUCUAGGAAGGAAACAUGAGGAGCCAAUUUAAGCCCUUAAUGAAAAUAACCUUUUUCAUCUUUGCUGAGUCUGGAGGCUUUACGUUCACAGUUCACCCUUGGGAGCAGCAUGGGGGUUGGGGAGACGUGGGCAAGAUUUCGUUCACUAUGAUGUGGUCUUGCAUUGUCACUACCUGGUACGACGGAAGGAGGCGAGGCUCUCACCCUGCAGUCACUGUUUUUAAUGAAGCAAUACCUAGCGCUCUGGUUUUGGAGCAGUUGAGGUAGGUGGAAUGGAAGGUGCCUGCAAGAACGGCACCCCCACGUGCUGCUGCUUUCCCCAGGUCAAUUCUAAGUCUAGCACAGGUCCCAGGUUUCCUGUACAGAUCCUGACUGGCGUAGGCCUUUCAGAUGAGUGGCGAUUGCACCACAAGUGAGGUGGAGUAGUGACUUACCUUCCCCCUUAUCCUUGUACCUCAGGAUUGGUUUAGCCAGUAGUUGGAACUGAGAGCUUCCUUAUUGGGUCUUUCUCCACAGGACAUAGAAGCCUUUUGUGUGAGCUUAGCCUGCAUGCCCAUAGUCUUGAUGAUCCCUCUCUGUACAAAGGCAGCUAGCAGUAAGGGAUGGGGGAGAAGAGAGCAGACCUGAAUUAGGGUGGUCCUGUUGAUCCAUGCCUUCCCACUGACCAAGUUACUGUAAGCUGGAAUCUGCAGGUGUCCUGUGACCUAACCCUUUCCAUUGCUGCAAUGUUCUUACCACCUGGGAAUGUGGGGUUCAUUUGAAUUUUAGUAACGUCUUACAAAUGUCACUUGCCUGUAGACUUCUGCCUUCUUGCCAGAUCAUGAUUUUUUUUAAAAUUUGAUUUUGUAUCGGAUGACUGUGAAGCUAUACAUAGUAGGUUGUGGAGGGUAUCCAUUUUCAGAGUACAUGUUAAGAAUUAAAGGGGACCUACUUGAGAUGAAUCAUCCCACAAAUAUUGUU